AUGGAUCAAGAAGCGUUCCGACAGCUCGUCUCUACAUCCUCCGCGGUAGCAGGUUCCUCCCGCAGCCGCGCAUUCGGCAAAGCGCACAAGCGCCAUCCCGCGUCUUCCACCGCCUCCUCUUCCUCCUCGACCAAGCCAUCCGACCUGAAGCCUCGUAAACUCAAACCCAAUGGUCACUCUGAUGGCACCAGUAGCACCUACUUCGAUCGAGCCUCCGCCCGUCGUUCCGGCGCCCCCGAUUCCGAGUUCAGCGACAUCGAGGCACUGCAUCGUGACUUCGAGGAGCGAAUCGCUGCAGCUGAGACCGAGGAAGAACGACAGCGCUUACGCGAUCAGAUCAGUAGCGUAGGCGGGGAUGCAAAGUACUCCGUACUGGUCAAGGGGCUCGAUUGGGCAUUGUUGGCGCAAAAUAAGGCGAGGCUCGAGCGCGAGAGCGGCACUGCCGGCGGAGGGGGGGAGGGGGAAGAAGGUGAUCUCGAGUCGGCGUUCCAGGAGGGGCGCGCGGACAGGGAUACCGGGAAGAGAAGUAGGGAUGAUAUUGUAGAAGCGAUCAAGAGGAGGAGAGAGGAAAAGUCGGCAGUCACUGUGUCGCCUUCAACAAGCGGCUUCCGUCCAAUUGGAUUCAAGCCAGUAGGAGGGGCGGAUAAGGCAGAGGCGGAUGGCGCGGAAUACAAGUGGGUCAAUGGGAAGAGGAUGCGCAAGAAGAAGAAGAUCGGUUCGGUGGCGGAACAGUCGACUCUGAAGACCGACCAAUCCAUGAAACCUAUGGAUGCGGUCAAGAGCGAUUUGAUCGGACAGAAGGCGCAGGAAACAGCCCCAUCACUGGACGUAGCGAAGGUCAGCGUCAAGCAUCCCUCUAUAGCGGAUAAUGACCCACCAGUACAGGCAAAGCAACACAACACGCUCCCCGUUUCAGAAUCCGAAGCAGCCACCCAUAACAUCGCAGCCUCGAGCCACACCACGAGCGAAAACCCAGCGACAUCUCUCAAUCCAACCCCACCGGCUCACCGGCCGCUACAGCAGGCUAACGACGACGACGACGACGAUGACGACGAAGACAUCUUCGCCGAUGUCGGCGGAUGGGACGGCAUUCCUGAGGCGAAAGAGGACGACGAUGAAGAACGCAUAUCGGAGGAAGGCGCUUUCCAACCUGCUCCCGUCACCCCUCCACCCACCACCGCCGUCCGCUCUCCUACCCCACCACCGCCACUGGCUGCAGCACCUCCUUCACCGCAGGCUCCCAUCUCCACACCCUCCACAGAAAAUGACCACGCCAUUCUCGACACGGCGGCCGAAACAGAGCCCUCCUCUGAACCGCACCCCUUGUCCGUCCCCGCAUCCAUGCCUGCGACCGCCUCCUCCACAGAACCAUUAGCAGCGCAUGAGCCCAAGCCAAACCCAAAGAAAUCAAAAUGGGACGACGACCUGGACGACGGUAAGAAAAAGAAGAAGAAGAAACACCGUUAA